GUAGAGACAUAUUAGUAAUUAUUUACGAUUGGGUUUUAAAAGUAGAAAUGUUUUCAUUGUUAUACAUAAUAGCAAACAUUUUACUUGUGUUUGAACCGACUGUCUGUUUCCGACAGAUUCCAACCGGAAGACUACCCGAAAAAAUAGAUCAAAUGUUAUGUUCGGUUCAGAUGUUUAGCAUAUUAGACAAAAUACAAGAGAUUGACGAUCCGAAAGCUUCAGUUGAGGCAUACUAUAAUCGAUCGGGUUAUGUAUGUAAGACAUACUGUCGCAUAAAGUCAAUUCACUCUGAAUUACGCAAAAUAACGGCAAUAUUUGAUGCACCGUAUUAUUUGUGGUGCGCUGAGGAUAGGUAUUGCGGAAAAGAUGGCAAAUGUACACGUAUUAGUAAUCCACUGGUGUUUGACAGUACAACCACAUACCGCACAACGGAAAGUCCUAAAACUGUAACAAUUAGUGAACAGUCUAGUAGUUUACAGUCUAAUAGUUUACCGUCUAAUAGUAUACCGUCUACUAAUGAACCAUCUAAUUUUGCAACAUCUAAAAGCACACCAUCUAAUACUACACCGUCUAAAAAUGUUAAUCAAAAUGUUAAUCAAAAUGUUAAUCAAAAUGUUAAUCAAAAUGCUAACAUCGAAACUACCGGCGCAUCGACUUCAGGCACAACUACAGGUACAUCGGUAUCGUUUUUAUACACAAUUACGGGUACAUCGACUUCAGACACAACUACAGAUACAUCGGAUUCAGACACAGAUACCGAUACAUCGAUUUCAGACACAACUACAGCUUCAUCGGCCAAAAGCAAACAAAAGACUCUAAAGAAAUCUAAAUCUGUGACUGAAGAGGAAGGGGAGUAA